CGGCAACUUCUUCCAGGAUGUGCAGCCCACGUACGGCGACCAACGCGUGAAGAUGCUGGAAGGUGGCCGUCUGCUCAACUUGACUUUGGACAAGGCCUCUGGCUCCGGCUUCCACUCCAAGAACGACUUUUUGUUCGGGAGAUUCGACGUCCGGCUGAAGCUUGUCCCCGGAAACUCUGCCGGAACUGUCACCACCUUCUAUCUAUCGUCGCCUCGAACUACAGGAAGCGUCCAUGACGAGAUAGAUUUCGAGUUCUUGGGGAAUUCCUCCGGGCAGCCUUACACAAUCCACACCAAUGUUUACUCCCAAGGAAAGGGCGACAAAGAGCAACAAUUCCAGCCCUGGUUCGACCCCACUGCUUCCUUCCACGCUUACUCCAUAGUUUGGAAUCCUCAACGCAUAAUAUUCUUAAUAGAUAACAUUCCGAUAAGAGUGUUCACGAACAACGAAGCGAUCGGCGUGCCGUUCCCGAAGAACAGGCCGAUGAAGGUUGUGGCCAGCCUCUGGAAUGCAGACGAAUGGGCAACGCAGGGCGGGCGGGUCAAGACGGAUUGGUCAAAGGCUCCAUUUUCGGCUUCAUACCGGGACUUCAACGCCAACGCCUGUGUGUGGUGGGGUCAGUCGUCGAGGUGCGGUUCGACAGAGUCGGCAUCAAGCGGCGGGCAGGAAUGGCAGAGUCAGGAUCUUGAUGGGAAGGGAAGAAACAGGCUCCGAUGGGUGCAGCAGAAGUUCAUGAUUUACGAUUACUGUGCUGAUGUGAAGAGGUUCCCGCAGGGUCUUCCUCCGGAAUGCAAGCGCCGGAGGUCCUGAGGAUGUGUGAGUCUAAUGAAGUUGUGUUGAUGAUCAGCUGUAUAUCAGUAUAUAUGUGAUGAAAUUCCUACGUGUUUAAUUUAGUUACUGCCUGUGAAAAGUGUUUAAUUUUACAAGACUGGAAUUAUAUUCUUUAUUCAUUUUGUAAGUCAGUAAGUACGUGGAUUAAUAGAAGUGUUACGUUGUUGCAUAGUUGCAUUACGCGUUUUAUUAUUCCCUUCAAUAAAAAAUUUCUUCAACAAAAACAAUCUCACAUUUGUUUAUUGUGAUUGUGAAUGUCACUCAAU